CUCCCCCUGGAAGCUUCCGAAGCCGACCGUGGCCUCCAUGACAGCUAGCUGCCUUGUCCGCUAUCGUCAAGCCCAUAAUGCAUUGCGUCUGCUUUUCAGCCCUCCACCAAACCACCAAACCACCAUCCCGAGAGGCCGCUCGUGAACGUGCUCGCUUCCAACCGCCACCAAGAUAAACGAAAAGCUUUGACGCCUCAGCCACGCUUCAACCGCCACCUCUCCAGUCCAACCCACUGGACUGCCCGCCGUUCCCGAUUCUGUUGUGUUAGGCGCAUUCUGGUCGCACCGAGACCUUCGAGCCUGAUCGAACCCAAACCUCUUACUCCGUAUCAUGCCAUCGCCGCUUCGCGCCUUGGACUCAACUCAUACUUGCCGUCAGGACCUUCUUCCCGCCGUCACUGCAUUGCCAGGAACAGGCGACUAAACCACAUACACGACAUACCAGGUCCGGAGGACAUGUUGUUAGCCAUCGCCCAAAAUGGCCGAAGAAAAGAUGCAGCUCGAGGAUUGGUUGGACGAUCUAUGUGUCCGAUUCAUCAUCAACCUGCCUGAAGAAGAUCUUUCGUCCGUUGCACGCAUUUGCUUCCAGAUAGAAGAGGCACAAUGGUUCUACGAAGACUUCGUCCGACCGCUCGAUCCCACGCUUCCCUCCAUGACCCUUAGAAGUUUUAGUCUUCGCAUCUUCCAGCAUUGUCCGUUGUUGGCACCGUUCUCUGUCGAGAACCACACAAAGGCUUUCGAAGAGUUCUUACAAUAUAAGACGAGAGUUCCUGUGAGGGGAGCCAUCCUACUCAAUGAGGCGAUGGACUCGACCAUCCUAGUCAAAGGCUGGAAGAAGGGUGCAAACUGGAGUUUCCCCCGUGGAAAGAUCAACAAGGACGAAGACGAUCUCGAAUGCGCUGUUCGGGAGGUUUACGAGGAGACCGGUUACGACCUGCAUGCUGCUGGUUUGGUCCCCGAGAACCGAGAUGACGUCAAAUAUAUCGAAGUCACCAUGAGAGAGCAACAGCUGAGGCUCUACGUGUUCCGCGAUGUGCCAAUGGAUACCCACUUCCAGCCACGGACGAGGAAAGAGAUCAGUAAGAUUCAGUGGUACAAGCUCUCGGAGCUUCCUGCAUUUCGAAAGAAGGGCAACCAGCCCCAGAACGACGCUGCUGCAGCUGCCAACGCCAACAAGUUCUACAUGGUGGCCCCGUUUCUGGUCCCUCUCAAGAAAUGGGUUGUACAACAGAAGCGGAAAGAUGCUGUCAAGGCUGCCAACGAGGCACAUUUCAACCCCUACUCCCUCCAUGAAGAGCCUCUCACUGAGGACGAUGUCUGGCAGACGGAGCCUGCCACGGAUGUUUCGAACCGAACACCUGGCCUAGAUACCCUUGAGGGGGCAACGCAGGAACUGCAACGGCUUUUAAAGGUCAAGCCAACAGCCGCGCAGGCAACUUCGAAACCUGCGUCCCCGGAUGUUGGCUCAGACAAGGGCGCAUCAUUGCUCGCCAUUCUGCAGGCCAAGAAUCAGGCCGCUGCUCAAGGAAUGCCCAUCACUCAACUUCCUCAUACACCCCUCGAUCAUACCACCAGAGAGGCUCCGCUACCGCACAGCCCUCACGGCCAACACCAUCCCCAGCAACGGGCGCCGCUUGCAAGCUAUCAAGCUCCACCUGAAUUUCCCGUUGUGCCAGACGGUACACCGCAGUCAUGGGCGUUUAAUCAAUCUGGCAAUUCCGGCCCGGUUCCCCCUCAGGUUAGGCAUCACGAUCCGUCGAUGAUGGGCGGUCCUGCGUACGUGCCACAUCCGCCACUGAGGCAUCCUCAACCUCUGCCUCCUCAGGUUCAGCAGACGCUCUUGGCCAGAGGUGGGUUCGCCGAUACCACUCCGCCACCGCCCCCUAAGCAUGCUCAGGGAACCGUCAACCAGCCCAUGGCCAAUGCCCAGUUUCCGCAGGUGCACUUUCAGCAGCAAACCCAGAAUAUCUUGUAUCGAAACAAGCUGCCUAGUGCUCAACUGUCCAAUCACUCGAUGGCACUAUUGGGGGUUCUCAAGUCGGACACAAAAACAGACAGCCCAGACAGGGCGCAUCAAACCGGCUCCCAGCCGUUUGCGCCUACGCCUUCGGGCCAUGAUCAGCCAUUCAGCGGCAUUCAGGGGCAUGGAGGCGUUUCGGCGUACGUCCAACCGCCGGUUUUGAAUGUGGGCGAACAACAACAUCAUCAAGUAAACCCGGCCGUGAACUCGCGCUCUCAGCAGCCAGGCGACCCCCUACAUCGGUCGACACUUUUGCAGAUGUUCAAGAAGCCUGAAAUCCACUCGCCGCCCACGAACCAGCCCGCCGAGCUACCUGCGAAUACUGCAAGUGCUACUCUGAUGAAGGGAUUAUCAACAGUCAAGGCUACCAACCAGGGCACUCACAGCCCUGUUUUUCAGAGCCGUGUGGCUCAGCCGGUCUCUAGCAGUCCUCUGAGUAGACCCCCUCAGGGCGUGUCGGAUGUCAACUCUCAAGUUAACAUCCAAUCUCUCUCCCUUCAACCCCAGGGUGGGAGACGCGAGCAUCAAAGCCCUCAACCUAUCGCGGGAUAUAACUCGAGAGCAGCAGAAAACAGAGUUCCAUCGUAUCAAGGCACGUAUAGCCACCCUGCCGUGAACAACAACCAGUCGCCACAAAUGUUUUCCAGUCAAAUUCAUCAACGAGGCGAAACCCUCAACAAGUCGGGCGGACCUAGAGCACCUGCUUUAGCCUCGAUACUUGGUGCUGCCGGUGCUGAUAAGCCAUCUAGCCUGGCCAGCCCUCCAGCGGCGUCAGCCCUUCCGGCACCUGGUGGUCUGCAGCAGAAGUCACAGAUGUCGACAGAGCAGAGGCAAAAGCUUCUCUCGCUUUUCGGCAAGCCUCAAUCGCCAAGUCCCGGGCCUGCAUUCGAUAUAGAUGACAAGGGAAAGACCAGGGAAAUGGCAGCACCUGACGGGAGCAAGCGGUCGCGAGUGGCGUCCCUUGCCUCUGCAAGCGGGCAGGGUGCUCCGGAGGGCUUGCCUGAGUCACGGCGCGGCAGCCAGACCCCGAUUUCUCCAGCGGAUCGGAGUUUCUUGCUUGGGUAUCUGGCAUCAGUGGCAAACGCGAAAUAGAGUUGUUUGGGUUGUUUGAAUGACGAUGGGGCAGCCAGGCGUGGUGAUGAUUUUCUAGUCCAUCGCGAGGUUUUCCCGGAGUAUGUGCUUAUCUAGGAGGUCGUAUCCUUGCUUUUUGGUGUUGCAUCGCGACGGAUUCAUGGAUUUGACAACGCGCCUGCGUUGGCAGAUCAGUUCUUGGGGGAGAGGGCAAAGGUGCAAGGUGGAAUGUUCAGCAGGAGAUAUUAUACCCUGGGAUGUACCUAGCCUGCCAAAUUCGCCAAUCUUGCUACAGUCGUUGGGAUCAAUAGGUUUCAAGUGAACAAGCUCAUACGCCCUUUGUGGUACUACUUACCUUGGGGUCUGGAGAAUGCUGUCAUUGAGGGCGUGGUAACCCAAGCACAUACAAUACACGUUGUG